AUGGUGUGGGCAGCACCAGCCCUGGCAGCCGCCCUCUGCCUCCGUGUCUCCACAGACCUGGUGAAAGCCACAGCGGCUCGGGGCUGUGACCCUGAGCCGGGCACCAUCCCAGCCUCGGAUCCCGAUGUCCUGGAGGGGGCACAGCAGGAUGCCCUCAGUGCCCUGCUCCUCUCGGGGUACGGGGAUCCUUCGAGCUGGGAUUUACCGACUCUGAAAGACCUGGGGCCGCUCGUGAACCAGACCACGCUGAGUUUGGUGCCCGAGGCAGCACGGGAGGAUCUCAGGAGAGGCAUCGCAGCCUCCCACAUCAGCCAGGGACGUUCCCAGCGGGAGAAAUCCCUGCCCCUCCCCAGGGCGCUUGCAGCAGCAGCAGCUGGAGCCAGGCUGGAGCGCAGCGCCGCCCGCUGCCAGUCCGGGCCCAUUACCGCCAGCAACAUCAGUGAUGCUGUCAUCUACCUCACCCCUGAGGAGCUCGACCUUUGCCUGCGCAGUGAUGUCUUAAUAGAAAACCUGGAGGCUGUGCUGGACCAGCCAGUCAUCACAGAUACUUACCCGGUCCUGAAGAAAAAGGUGGAUGAGUUUUUCCCGUCGGGGAUCCCGGAGGAGCAGCUGAGGCGCCUGGGGCUGCUGUCCCGUCUGUACACGGUGCAGGAGAUCAGCCAGUGGCCGCUGACAUCCAGUGACACCCUCUCAGUGCUGCUCGACCCCUCGGGAGGAGAGUGGAAUGAUUCCCAGGUGCAGCAGCUGCUCAGCAGGUACCUGUCCUUGGGGGGCUCCCUGACCGGGCCCCUGCUGCGGCAAAUCGGAGACAAACACCUGUGUGAGCUGCAGGAGGAGCAGAUCCAGCAGAUCCCUGCCGGAGCCAUCAGGACUGCUGGGCAGUUAAACAUUUCUUCGUGCUCCCAAACCAAGAAGGAGCAGCUCUAUGGGAAGGCCCGGGAAGCCUUUGCCAGCCUGGCCAGCACCCCUGGCCCCUAUUACUGCCAGAUCCGGCCGUACCUGGGUGGAGCUCCAGCAGAGGAUCUGAAGGACUUGGCUAAUGCUGGUGUGCCCAUAAACAUGGAUCUGGACACCUUCCUCUCCCUAAAUCCCCAGGAACUGCAGAAACUCAGCGUCACCGACGUGAAGAAUUUGCUGGGGGAAAACCUCUCUGAGCUGAAGCAAGCUGAGCACGAGCCCUCGGUGAUGAGCUGGGUGCAGAAGCAAUCCCAGCAGGAGCUGGACUGUGUGCUGGGAAUCGGCCUGCAGGGAGGGCUGCCAGACCCCAGCCCUGGGAACAUUCCAGAGCCACCACGACCAACAUCCAACGGCUACAUCAACCUGGAGCCAGAGCCAGGAUCAGGAUCCAGGCUCUGCUCCUGCCUCGUGCCCGUGCUGGCAGCUGCCGUGGGGAGCGUUCUUCUGCUUGGGGGGCUGCUCUGA